AUGAUGAUGUUAUGCAUGCCUUUUAGACGCUACAUGUGUGGUUCCCAAAUUGGAUCAUAUCUUUCGGCAAGAAUCUUCAAGUAUACUGCCUUUGGUCCGUGUGCUCAUGUCUGCUAUUUAGAGUUCCUUGACUUUCAGGAGGAUCAUAAUAUCUUCAAAGGUGCCAACAAGGUUUGUAGUACUGUAGGAUAUUGGUCUUCAACCAAAUGCUUCGAGUGCAGUUUUAGCCACGAAGGUAUGUACAAAAUGUUCAUGUGCACUGUAAUUAUGCCAACAAUAAGUUAA